AUCUAUUUCAGUGUUUGUAUUUGCUUUUGCUGCUGUUGAAGUGUGCAGUUAAUGAGAUAUAUGGUCAAUUGGUGUCAACAUCUGACCAGGUGGCUAAAGAAGGAGAAGAUGAAGUAGUAAUGUCAUGUGACUACUCACAAGUUAGUUCUACACUAAAAGUCAUCAGAUGGGAUGAAGUAAAUGAAGACCUGGGCAGUGAUGUACGUGGUAUUGUAAAUGAUAGAACUACAGUCAAUGGACGAUACAGCUUAAGACAAACACCUGGGAACGCUGACCUUGUUAUUUCAAAACCAGGAAGAAAUGAUUCUGGAAGAAGAUUUAGAUGUCAGAUCCAGAAAUCAGACGGAGCUUUUAUAAUCUCAAGGGAUGCUGCCAUUCUCACUGUAUAUUACCUAGAUCAGCCUCUCGUCACUGCUUCAAAGAGUAUUGUCGAUGAAGGUCAGCCAGUGACCAUGACCUGUAAUAAACCUGAUAGUGACCCAGUCCCUAAUAACAUAACAUGGUAUAAAAAUGGAAAAGCACUCAACACAAUAUACAUCUCUAAAUUUACUACAAGUGCAAGAAAUUCACUUGAAAUACACAUAGAAGCUGCAACUGCAGAUGAUGGUGGCUACUAUACGUGUAAAGCUGAAAGUGAUCAAUUCAAAGGAAAAGAUGGCAAAACCAGUGCCCAGUUUGAACUGAGAGUAAUUGAAUACUGUACGUAUUUUACUCUCUGCUUUAUUCUUUCCUAG